GCGGUGGCCAGACGGCCACAAGGAUUCCAUUCGCCUGACCCGGCCCGGCUUGACCCUGCCCGGGCGCGCCAUGUUCGCGCGUGGGUCCCGGAGGCGCCGCUCCGGGCGCGCGCCUCAAGAGGCAGAGGACCCAGACCGCGGCCAGCCCUGCAACUCCUGCAGGGAGCAGUGCCCCGGCUUCCUGCUGCAUGGCUGGAGAAAGAUCUGCCAGCACUGCAAAUGCCCACGGGAGGAGCACGCCGUGCACGCAGUGCCUGUGGACCUGGAACGCAUCAUGUGUCGGCUAAUCUCAGACUUCCAGCGCCACUCCAUCUCUGACGACGACUCUGGCUGUGCCUCGGAGGAGUAUGCCUGGGUGCCCCCUGGUCUCAAGCCCGAGCAGGUAUACCAAUUUUUCAGCUGCCUUCCAGAGGACAAGGUCCCCUACGUCAACAGUCCCGGGGAGAAGUACAGGAUCAAGCAGCUGCUGCACCAGCUGCCCCCACAUGACAGUGAGGCACAGUACUGCACAGCACUGGAAGAGGAAGAGAAGAAAGAGCUCAGAGCCUUCAGCCAGCAGCGGAAGCGGGAGAAUCUGGGGCGUGGCACCGUGCGCAUCUUCCCCGUGACCAUCACUGGGGCCAUCUGUGAGGAGUGCGGGAAGCAGAUUGGAGGUGGGGACAUCGCCGUGUUUGCCAGCCGUGCAGGCCUGGGUGCCUGCUGGCACCCACAGUGCUUUGUGUGCUCCACGUGCCGGGAGCUGCUGGUGGACCUCAUCUACUUCUACCAUGCUGGCAAGGUCUACUGUGGUCGCCACCAUGCUGAACGCCUGCGCCCGCGCUGCCAAGCCUGUGAUGAGAUCAUCUUCUCCCCUGAGUGCACAGAGGCCGAGGGCCGGCAUUGGCACAUGGGUCACUUCUGCUGCUUUGAGUGUGAAGCGUCACUGGGAGGGCAGCGCUAUGUCAUGCGUCAGAGCCGCCCCCACUGCUGCGCCUGCUACGAGGCCCGCCACGCGGAGUAUUGUGAUGGCUGUGGGGAGCACAUUGGCCUGGACCAGGGCCAGAUGGCUUAUGAGGGCCAGCACUGGCACGCCUCAGACCGCUGCUUCUGCUGCAGUCGCUGUGGGAGAGCCCUCCUGGGCCGCCCCUUCCUGCCACGCCGUGGCCUAAUCUUCUGCUCCCGAGCCUGCAGCCUGGGGUCCGAGCCCACGACUCCGGGGCCCGGCCGCCGCAGCUGGAGCGCAGGCACGGUCUCCACACCUCUCACAGCCUCUACAGCCUCUUUCUCUGCUGUGGAGGGGGCGUCUGAGACCUCCACCAAAGGCACCAGCACCGAGCCAGCGCCUGCUGCAGGCCCCGAGGAGCCUGCCCGCUUUCUGAGAGGGGCCCCUCACCGCCACUCCAUGCCUGAGCUGGGGCUCCGCAGUGUCCCUGAACCACCCUCAGGGCCUCCUGGCCAGCCGGACCCGCGCCCAGAAGAUGGUGCCUUUGGUCGCCAGAGCACCCCACGCGUCAGCUUCCGCGACCCUUUGGUGUCUGAGGGAGGCCCGCGGCGGUCCCUGAGUGUGCCCCCAGCCCAGCGCCGCAGGCCACGCAGCCCCCCGCCCAGGGGCCCCACACAUCGCCGCCACCACCACCACCACCACCACCAUCACCGCUGCCACUCCGGCAGACGUCGCCACCAUCAGUGUGACUUGGGAUCAGGGUCGGACUCGGGAUCUUGCUCCAGCUCGCCCUCCAGUCCCAGUUCCGAAUCCUCAGAGGACGACGGCUUCUUCCUAGGGGAACGCAUCCCACUGCCCCCGCACCUGUGCAGGCCAAUGCCUGCUCAGGACACUGCAACUGAGACCCCCAAUUCCCCAUCUCCACAGCUCCCCAGGAACUCUCGCCCAGGGAUGCCUCGCCAGGCCAGAGACAAGAACUGCAUCGUGGCUUGAAGGAGUGACAGUUCUGGAGGGCUGCAUUCUCAAGUCAGUGUAGAUGAUGACCCACCCCCCCCCAACUUAAGUCAUAAAUCCCCUGCCUUCCUCCCUCCUUUGUCUGUUUGUAUUACUGAAGUA